GUGCUUCUGGGCCCCCGCGCACUUCUUAGGCGGAGCGGCUGAGCCGAGCUGUGCGCGCGACCCCAGCCCGCCUCUUGGUUCUUGGCUCAGCGCUCGGCUGCUCUCCAUCGCAUUCCGCUGCCCGGGGUGGGCACCCCGAAGCAUGAACGCGCCCGCAACUCUGCCCCCAGGGGUCGAGGAUACCACCUGGACCCCCGGGAUCAAUGCCAGCUGGGCUCCGGACGAGGAGGAGGAGGAUGCGAUGCGGUCCGACGGCACGGGGACAGCGGGCAUGGUCACUAUCCAGUGCAUCUAUGCUCUCGUAUGUCUGGUGGGCCUGGUGGGAAACGCCCUGGUCAUCUUCGUGAUCCUACGCUAUGCCAAGAUGAAGACAGCCACCAACAUCUACCUGCUCAACCUGGCCGUCGCUGAUGAGCUCUUCAUGCUCAGCGUGCCAUUCGUGGCCUCGGCGGCUGCCCUGCGCCACUGGCCGUUCGGAGCGGUGCUGUGCCGCGCAGUGCUUAGCGUGGACGGCCUGAACAUGUUCACCAGUGUCUUCUGCCUCACCGUGCUCAGCGUGGACCGCUAUGUGGCUGUCGUGCACCCUCUGCGCGCCGCCACCUACCGGCGGCCCAGCGUGGCCAAGCUAAUCAACCUGGGAGUGUGGCUAGCAUCCUUGCUGGUCACCCUGCCCAUCGCAGUCUUCGCUGACACCAGGCCGGCUCGUGGGGGUGAGGCAGUGGCUUGCAAUCUGCACUGGCCUCACCCGGCCUGGUCUGCGGUCUUUGUGAUCUAUACUUUUUUGUUGGGCUUUCUACUCCCUGUUCUGGCCAUUGGAUUAUGCUAUCUGCUUAUUGUGGGCAAGAUGCGUGCUGUGGCCCUGCGGGCUGGCUGGCAACAACGGAGGCGCUCAGAGAAGAAGAUCACUAGGCUAGUGCUAAUGGUGGUGACCGUCUUUGUGCUAUGCUGGAUGCCGUUCUAUGUGGUGCAGCUUCUGAACCUGUUUGUCACCAGCCUCGAUGCCACUGUCAACCAUGUGUCCCUCAUCCUGAGCUAUGCCAACAGCUGUGCCAACCCCAUUCUCUAUGGCUUCCUCUCUGACAACUUCCGGCGCUCUUUCCAGCGGGUUCUGUGCCUGCGCUGCUGUCUCCUGGAAACAGCUGGAGGAGCUGAGGAAGAGCCCCUGGACUACUAUGCCACCGCUCUCAAAAGCAGAGGGGGCGCAGGAUGCAUAUGCCCUCCAUUGCCCUGCCAGCAGGAGCCCAUGCAAGCAGAACCUGGCUGCAAGCAAGUCCCUUUCACCAAGACCACGACUUUCUGAAAACCAAUUUUACCCUCCCUCACCUCUCCUGCAAACAGGUCUGCGCCACUCUCUCAAGCCAGCAACUUCAAGAACAACUCCUGUUUUCACUAAGCCAGGUCCUUUCAGUAGCCUGUGCGCUGUCCCCAGGAGCCUCAGGACUCCUGCUAGCCCCUCCCUCUCCUAGGACUGGCUCCAAGGACAUCUUCAUAGGGGUAGGACUUCUCUGGGGUUUGGGCCAGAGUACCAUCUAUUCCUGGGCCUCUGGCAAUUUUUCAAGAGGUGAGAAGCAGGUGGUGGUUAGAAAGGGGUGUCCACCCCUGUGUGACUUGUGACCAUGACUGCUUGAAAGAGCCCUGGGAGGGUGAGGUAGGCAGAGCUUGUGUUCAAUGUAGGCUCUUGGCUGUAUGGUAGCAGAGUGUAUACAGUGAGAAAGGGGAGAGAAGAUAACGAUACCUCCAAGUGGUCUCCCUCUGUGUCUGUCUGAGUCUCUUGUUGCUAAGUGAGAUGUCUAUGCAACAGACUAGGGCAUUUGCUUUGUUACUAUACAAGUGUUUUCCAGUUGUCAAGGUGCCAGUAAGCAGACUUCCUGAGAACGUGAACGGCUUAAAGAAGCACGAUGUGGAGCAUUUUUGCAAAACAUAAAACUUCUGGUCAGGAAUUAAAAGGCAGAAAGGAUUAAAAUCUCAUCAGCUGCAUUUUUUUUUCACCUCUUUCCCUGGUUGCAGAAAUAUGAAACCCCAUUAAAGCCUGAGCUAUGCUAUGAGGGGGAGGGUGUGAGGAAAAGACCAGAGAACUAGGUGGAGGGAAAAUGGACUCUGUUUUGACAUCAGAUGAUGACCACAGUGAAAAGCCAUUCGUGUGCCUUGUAAGUUAACCACAGCCUCAGUGAUAUUUCCCCUGAGGAAGACUCACAGCCUGUAAGAGCUUUACUUCUGCUAAAGCAGUGGAGGGAGCCCAGCUUAAGCAGCAUGUGGGGGAGAAGUGGCUGAUCACAGCUCAAAUCAGUACAGCAAACAAACAAAACAAAACAAAACAACAACAACAAAAAAAAAACCCUGCUGAGUUCUACUGAGCCAUCUCGGGUGGUACUAAGAAUAACAAGCUAAGAGGGGCAGGAAGAAGCGCAGGGCAGUCAGCUGGGCAGUUCCCACAGCUGCCUGGCAAGGUAGAGUGUUCUUUAAAAGAAAACACCUGGAUCCUGCCAUCCUGGAACGCAUAGCUCUGUGUCUUCAAGGGCAGUCAGCCUGAGUUCUAGCUGUUGGGAGGCUAAUGGUGAUCCAGAUUGGACCAAGAAACAGAGUGGGGCCUGAGGGAAUGCCCUGCCACCCUGUGGGUUACAGUGCAUCUCUGAAAGCCUGGGAGAAGCAGGAGGUGACCUUUUCUGGGCUGCUUGCCCAGAGUCAUGACAUGUGUGACAGUAGCAGCUGCCUGGUAUGUGGGAAAUGGACAAGAAGGCUGGAUUCUGGUCCCAGGCACAAAUGUCUUAUAACCCAAGCAGGUCACGCAGGCCAGGUCUUCAGAAUUCUUGCCUGGAAAAAUCAACAGGUUCUUGUAGUUUGGUGACUCUUUAGCUGAUCCAGUGUUUUUUUGUUGUUUUAGCCAUUGUUGUUCUGUUGCUGUUGAGACGAGAUCUCAUGAAACACCAGCUAGCAAUCAAUUCACUACAUAGUAGCCGAGGAUGAACUUGAAUUUCUGAUCCUCCUACCUCUACCCUGAAUGUUGGGAUUAGAUUGUUCAGCACCAUGCCUGUUCAGUGGUAAGGGUAGAACUCAGAGCCUCAUGGUGACUAGGCAGAGACUUUACCAACUGAGCUAUAUCCCCAGUCCCACAUGGUGACUCUUACCAGCUAAGAAUGGAGAUUCCAACUUCCUCACUAACAGUAGAAAAGAGAAAGUUAAGUGUGUGGACAUGUACUUGUUGGAUUCUCACUUUCUGAAAUAGUCAGCUAGAUGUCCUGAUAGUGACAAUUGGUGUCGAUUGUGAGUAUCUCAAGGGUGACGUAGGAGUAUCAGGGGAGUCAUCAGGGUCUGCUACCCAGUUGGUCUUGACUUACCUAUGAGAGAACGGCAUAGUCAGGUCUCUUCUGUAUCCAAGGCUGUGGCUAUGGGUUGCAAAUCUCUAAAUAGAGCGCUGACCUCUUUGUUUCUACUAGCAUGAAUAUACAUACACAUGUUCACACACAUGCACAGACCAUCCUCAACUUGUCAUUACUUCUCACAGUCAACCCUGAGCUUCCAGAAAGAAAGUCAGUCAGUUUCACAUCUGUAGGUCUUAUGUCUAGAACAGCAACUUCUUGCAGUUUUUUUUUUAAAUUAAAUUUAAUUAAAUUGUUUCUUUGUCCCUGGUGCCUGGCAGAGUAGAUACCUGAUAAAUAGGCUUGAACCUCACUGCAAGAUCACAUAGUGGAAUCGUCCAGUCUUAACAACGGUUGCAGUAGACAACAGUGUUAGGCUUCUGCCCUAGCUUGAGUGGGUCUGAAGUUCUUGUUUUUGGCCUUCUAAUGACUCACCCAGGCCCCAAGACAUGCUUGUUUGCCUGGAAAAAGACAAAUUCCAUUAAAAAAAAAUACAAGCAUUUAACAGAGUUUAAUCCUAGCUGAAGGGCCAAUAGUUUCAAGCUGGGAAGUCAUCAAUAAUAACAGGAAACAUCAGCUUUAGCUAGCCCAUGAGAAGCGAUUUCAGCUUCCCCACCUCAGUUUACCACUCUCGUUCUUUUCUCCAUUAAUUAACUUACUUAUUCAUUUUACAUCCUGGUUACCCACUCUUAAUAUAUGUAUAAAUGGAGGGUUGAGUCCCCAGCUCUUCUGUUAUGUCUGGGCAUGAACACAGGAAAUUUGGACCUCGAAACACUUGUCUGCUAGGUUGUAAGAGGUGAAUCACCCCCUCUUCUCACUCUCUUAUCCUAAGAACAUGACAGUACAUCCUUAAAUUCUGUGAGCACAGAUGUCGUAAUCCUGAAGCUGUGUUUGCUGAGACAGCGCUACUGUGUUAGUCAGCACCAUGCCCCAAAAUUCUGUUCCAUGGGUCCAUGUGCUGGGGAUGUGUGUGUUUCAGUGACCAGGCACUGAGGGUUUCUGUCAGUGAUUCAACCUGCUUCCAGACAACAUAGUGAGUCUGUACAGCAUGGAACCUGGAAAUAAUUGGCAAAGAUGGCUAUUAAUUAAAUAACCAUACAAACAAAAAUGUGAUUCAAUUCAAAGCUAAAAUAAUCAUACCACAGCUAGAGACGCAGCUUAAUGGCAGAGUGUUUGCAUGUGCAAGGCCCUGGCUUUUAUUUCCAGAAAAACAUGUGCUCACACAUGAGUGGCGACACACACACACACACACACACACACACACACACUAUUCAAAGAAGGAAUCUUGCUGCCGUGAGCUAAUACAACAGAAUCAGCCCUGCUCUUACAGCAAGUGUUCCUGGGACACUGAGGAGGAGAGACUAGGGUGGUGUGGAGGCUUCUAUGUGUGUUAUGAUUCAAAUUGGCCUUUCUUCAGUCAUUUUGUGCAGGCAGUGACAUCUCCUCUUCUAUUUUGAUGAACGCAUCACUUGCACAUGAUAAAAUUCACCCUUUGCACCUAUGCAGUUCUAUGAUGUAGUUACAAUUCUGAAGUUGACACCCCAAUCAAGAGAGACCAUGUUUCUGUCCUCAUUGCUUUCUUUGUGAUCUGUAGCCUACAGAGGUGGACCACAGGGAAGACAAGAGGCAGAAUUAUGGUGAGGGUUUCCCUAAGUCUUUAGGGACUGCUUGUUUUUUUUUUUAUGCCAGCUCUAGACUCCUCCCACUAUCAGGGGGAGCUCGGCCAAGAGACCCAGACAGCUGCUACCUGCCCUAUAGUUCUAGACUUGGAAGAAGUGUUCUGAACACACUGGGACUCUAAGUGAGUUCCUGGGCAAAGUUUGAGCAUAACCUUUUGAAUACAUGGAAUAUUGGAGAAGGAGGUGUGGUUUCCUUCCAGGCCAGGAACCAAUGCUUUCUUCCUGGAAGGAUAUUCCUCUAGACUCUGCCUUUGCUGCAAUCUGGCUGCUGCUAUCUGCUCGCAUGAAGACAAUUGCACGGGGCUUUUUUGUGUCACUCUGUUUAAGUUUGUUUAAGUUGGCUUCCUGUGCUUUAAAGGUCAGGAACGCUGUAUCUCCCUCUAGCCCAUCUGAGCCAAUUUCAGUUUCUCCUGGUGUCACUGCUGGAUUUCUGCAGAACCACUUUUAUGGUGGUGGUGGGGGGGAGGGCAGGAGAUACUGAUGGCAGUUAAACAUCUGUGAAGAGUGCCGGAGUCUUGGAAGUAUGUCACCCUUUCAACUCUCAGGAGAGUAGGCUAGAGAGUGAAGUCAAAAUUAGCAUGUGAAAGAAACUAUCUGACUGAGGGGAAGUAACCCCUUCCCACCAAAGCUGAGGUUGUAACAAACACACCCUGAGUAAUUAAAAAACAAAGCCUACUGUCUAUGUUCCUAUCUGUGAGACACAAUGCCAGCACCUCUGAGCUAUUGACCUUUCUCCCAUCCCUGGCCCACUUCCUCCCCUGGAAGUGCUUUUUCCUUAAUAAACUCUUUCAGCUUAUACCA